AUGUGGAGUCGGGUGUUCCCACCCUUGCGGCAGAGCGCGCACAGACGCGAAUGCUCAGCACACCCGGGCCCAGCCCACAGGGUGCAUCAAUCCGUGGACACCGGCCGUCGGGACCCUGACCCGUCCCGAGGUGACGCGACGCCCGCGUACUCGCUCCCAGAAGCGCGGCUGAGGCUCGGCCAGCAACAGCGAAUCCUGGGAAGGUCCCGUGCCCUCGCGGGUGCCCCAGGCGCUGAGGCUGACCUGAACCCGCGGCGGGACAUCUCCUCCUGGCUGGCCCGGUGGUUCCCUAGAACCCCAGCCAGGUCUGUGGUGGCCCUGAAGACCCCCAUCAAGGUGGAGCUGGUGGCAGGGAAAACCUACAGGUGGUGUGUGUGUGGCCGCAGCAAGAAGCAGCCCUUCUGUGACGGCUCCCACUUCUUCCAACGCACUGGCCUAUCUCCCCUCAAGUUCAAGGCCCAAGAGACCCGCACGGUGGCACUCUGUACCUGCAAGGCCACUCAGAGGCCCCCGUACUGCGAUGGCACCCACAGGAGUGAGCGCGUGCAGAAGGCAGAAGUGGGCUCCCCACUCUGAGGGGGCUGCUGCUGUCCAGCCACAGGUGGCCUUGGCUCCCGGCCUCUGACAGGCACCCCCUUCUGUGGGAAAGGAAACAGGUGCUGAGCCCAAGAAAGAGUUCUGGUACCCACAGCUGGCUCAUGAAGGAAGAAUUAUUCCCUAUAACCUAAAAGUCUCCAGUCUGGGGCAGGCGGGAGUGGGCCCUGGUUCAAUGUUUGCUGAUGGGGAAGAUGGCAAAAACAAGCCGCCCAACUAGA